UGUUGCAUAGCCUAUGAUUCAUUCGCUGCGGUCCAUAUCAAUACUAGUGCAAAGCUCACUCUUGAGAAACACAGGAACGAACUCCUCCCACCUCCCCGUCUCUCCCUGAAUUAGCAAAAUGGGAAAAGAUCGAAACGGCGCCGUUCUGGAGAAAGCAAGCAAAACCUCAGACAAAGACGACGGAAGCGAAAGAAAAUCCGGCAAAUCCACAGAGCUUUCCGAUUCCAGCGACUCCGGAGAGGAAACCAGGCGCAGUAAAUCGAGAAGAAAAGCGCGGGAAGUCUCCGAAUCGAGCGAUGAGGAGAAGCCCGCGCGGAGGGGGAGGAAGAGGAAGUCGCGGCGGCGGUACAGUAGCAGCGACGACGAUUCGGAUUCGGAGUCGGAAGAGUCCGAGGAGAGCGGGUCGGAUUCGGGUUCGGAGUCGGUGAGCGAGGGCGGUAGUGAUAGCGAGAGUGAGCGGCGGCGGAAGAGGAGGGAGAGGAAGAGGAGGAGAGAGAAAGAGGAGAGGAGGAGGAGAGAGAAGGAGAAGAAGAGGAGGAGGAGAGAGAGAGAAGAGGAGAAGAAGAAGAAGGAGAGGAGGAAGAAGAGGAGGAAGGAGAAGAAGGAGAAAGGUAAGAAAGGAGCGGUCACAGAUUCUUGGGGGAAGUAUGGGAUUAUCAGAGAGACUGAUAUGUGGAACAAACGACCGGAGUUUACUGCAUGGUUGGCAGAAGUAAAACAGGUGAACCUGGAGCAUCUGGCAAAUUGGGAAGAGAAGCAGAUGUUCAAACAGUAUUAUAGCCUUGAUGCUUAUUACAGGCAUAAAAUGGAAAAGGAAAUGAAAAAAGGUAUUAAAAAGGUUGUGGAAACAGAGCGUACUGUAUUCAAUGAUGAGGAAGUGCGACGGCAAGAAAUGAUGCGAGUCCGUGAAAAACAAAAGGAAGAAGAAGUAGAAGCCCUGAAGCGCUCUAUGCAGAGUGGACUGGCACAAGCAAUGAAAGAGCAAGCUCAACUCCGGGAAGAGAUGGCUUACCAGUACAAGAUCGGAAACUUUGAGGCUGCUGCUGCAAUCCAGAGAAGGUUGGACCCUGAUGCAGAGUGAUCCUGCUAUAUGACAAUGGCUUUAAGGAGUAAUUUAAGGAGUUUAAUCCCAUCAUGUUUCUACUAGCAAAAGAGUUCAUAGAAACCCCUCUGUAUGUGUCUAAUUAUCUUACUUUUUAGCUCAACCAUUUUUGCAGAUACAUAGGAAAUUAUGUAUUCUAUUGUAUUAUUUACUGCUUUCUUACCCAUUUGGCCAUUUGUUAUGAAGGUCAAGUCACUCUGUUGUGCUUACAAGAUACACCAACAUUAUUGAGGCUGUAUCUUUAAUGUUCAUUAUUAUAUGCUGAUUCUUAAUCAGAGGGAACAUGUCAGUCGUUUCAAACAAA